AUGUCUUCUGCCAGCAGUCUGUUAUCUGAAGAUCAGUUUCUGUGCUCCAUCUGUCUGGAUGUGUUCACUCAUCCAGUCACCAUACCAUGUGGACACAACUUCUGCAAGAAUUGCAUCACAGAACACUGGAAUAUUAAUUCACACUGUCAGUGUCCCAUGUGUGAAGAUGUCUUUGACAGAAGGCCUGAGCUACGGGUCAAUACAUUCAUAUCUGAGAUGGCUGAUCAGUUCAGACGGUCAGCUGUAAAGAAAAGCAGCAGCUGCUCAGACCAACAAUGGACCAACACAGGAGAUGUUCUCUGUGACGUCUGCACUGAAACCAAACUGAAGGCUGUGAAGUCCUGUCUGGUGUGUCUGACCUCCUACUGUGAGACUCACCUGGACCUUCAUCAGAAAAUGACAGUUAUGACAAGACACAAGCUGAUUGAUCCUGUGAAGAACCUGGAAGACAGAAUGUGUAAGAAGCAUGAUCGACCUCUGGAGCUGUUCUGCAGGACUGAUCAGAUGUGUGUGUGUCAGUUCUGCACUGAGACAGAUCACAAGUCACAUGUCUAUGGUCCUGUGAUAGAAGAAUAUGAAGGUAAGAAGGCUGAUCUGAAGAAAACUGGGGCUGAAGUUCAGCAGAUGAUCCAGAAUAGACGACUGAAGAUUCAGCAGAUGAAGGAGUCAGUGAAGCUCAGCAAUGAAGAAGCAGACAGAGAGACAGCAGACAGUGUGCAGGUCUUCACUGCUCUGAUCCAGUCUGUUGAGAGAAGUCUGGCUCAGCUCAUUGAGAUGAUUGAAGAGAACCAGAAAAGAACAGAGGAACAGGCUGAAGGCUUCAUCAAAGAACUGGAAGACGAAAUAUCUGAGCUGAUGAAGAGAAGUGCUGAAGUGAAGCAACUCUCAUACAUUGAAAACCAUCUCCAGUUCCUCCAAAGCUCCUCAUCCCUGAACCCUGCUCCACCCACCAAAGACUGGACAGAGGUUAGAGUCCAUUCAUCAUAUGGGGAGAUUCUGAGGAGAGCUGUGGCUCAGCUGAAGGAGAGACUCAGUGAAGACAUGAAGAAGCUGUGUGAUGAUGCCGAGCUGAAGAGGGUCCAACAGUUUGCAGUGGAUGUUACUCUUGAUCCUGAAACAGCACAUCCUAAUCUCAUCCUGUCUGAUGAUGGGAAACAAGUCACAUGUGGUGAUGUGAAGAAGAUUCUCUCAGAUAAUCCAAAAAGAAUGAAUUUUAGUCACUGUGUUUUAGGAAAGCAAAGUUUCUCUUCAGGCAGAUUUUACUAUGAAGUUCAGGUUAAAGGGAAGACUGAGUGGACUUUAGGCGUGGUCAGAGAGUCGAUCAACAGGAAGGGACAAAUCACGUGUAGCCCAAACAAUGGCAUCUGGACUGUAUUUUUGAGAAAUGGAUAUGAAUACAAAGCUCUUGAUGACACUCGUGUCCUUCUCUCUCUGAAGUUGAAACCUCAGAAGGUGGGGGUGUUUGUGGAUUAUGAAGAGGGUCUGGUCUCCUUUUAUGAUGUAGAUGCUGUAACUCUGAUCUACUCCUUUACUGGCUGCAAAUUUACUGAGAAACUCUAUCCAGUCUUUGGUCCCCGUAAUAGGGAUGGUGGAAGAAACUCAGCCCCUCUGAUCAUCUCUCUGGUCAGUCACACUGAUUAGACUUGUGCUGUGGUCCUUCGGACCAAUGAACAGUGAUGAUGGACAAUGUCAUUUGCUUUACUUUACAGGUUCUGGUGAAUGUGGUUAUUGAUUGAUUUCUUUUUAUAUUCAGAUAUUUUAAAAUUCUGAUAUACUUCUGAUAUAUCCCAUUACUGCUUUAACAUAUAGU